AGUUCAAUGGAUGACGAGAUGGAGGAGAAGAAGAAGUUCGAUGGAGAGCCUGAAGGCCCUGAACCUUCUCAGCCAUCUAGUUUGACAUCGAUGCUUGAAGUAAUAAAUGUAAUUCUAUUUCUUCUGGGAGCAGUUUCUCGAGGUUUUGUGCAAGAGCUCUGGCAAAAUGAGGCGUUUUGCUGCUGGUACAGAAUCUGGGUUUGCAAUAUUUUUGAUCAACCGUAAAUUUGAACCUGGGAAUCCACACGCUUUGCAUAUUGAAGCUGUCAAAGAUGGCGAAGAACCUGUUUGCUUCGGUCCAAAUGCAGUUCUUGUCAACUAUGGCAAGGGUUGGAGGUUACAAACGGUUAUUGAUGAAGGCAUGCAUAGCAUGCAUAGAAAAGGAUUUGAAGAAAUGAGAGGGUUGAAGUCGGCAAUGAGGCAGAGAACCAGCACAAUUAAUCCUUCUGAAAUUCAAUCUGCCGAGAAGCCUAUUGCAGAAUCAAGUAUCCGCGGAAAUUGCGAAUAUUUUGGAAGGAUACUACUUGCUUUUGCCUUUAUCUUUCUUCUUGGAGGAACACUUACUGUUUUUCUUGAAAAGCUACCUGAGUUAAUAUCAUUUGUAAGUUCAGCCAUGUAAGUUCAGAUUUUUUUUUUCCCUUAGUCAAAUAUGAAAUUACUUUUUGCAGCUCACA